GUUAACCAUCCUCCGUGCUGUCGUCAUCAGUGGCAAAAACCAAUUGCGGGACUACCGUUACACUCGCGAGCGUCUCUGGAUUAUAAACGUUUUGUUUAGCUUGAAAUGUUUUGAGCUGGGUUUUGAAUAUCGCACGUAUAACUCAAAUCGUGAAUACUAAUCGUUUGCAAGUCAACGGUCGUUUCUCGUUCUCUUGUCAGGGUUCUUUCAUCAGCUAGCAAGUUUUGCUCCUGUAAGCAAAAUGGCGGACAAUGAAGACGAUAAUAAUUCAGCGAGCAAAUCUGCAGCCGCGAACGUGCAAAACGUCGAAGAGGGUGAAUCUGUGCUGCAGGCUGAGGCGACACAGACCCCCGCGGAAGAUGAAAAUAAUCAAGAAGAAGCGAGUACUGAACCGUGCACCGUGAGCUCGACUGAAGAAGGGGGCGUUGAUCAAGGCCUUGCCGAGUUAAUGCAGAGCGCGUCAGAAAUGGAUGUCAAAGUUGUGGACGGUACUGAAGAGGUGAUCGGACAGCUCGUUGGCGGUGAGAUUAUAACCGAUCAGAAUAUCAUAACGUCUUACGUUCAGACCGCUGCAGAUGAUGGCGUGACGGCUGAAUGCGCCACUGUGAGUGGCGAGGUCUUAAACGCUCUUGCACCAACGACCACAAUAAUUUACGUACAGCCUGACGGUAGCUUUGUGGAGAGCUCUGGGUUAACAGCGGAGGAGCAGCAACAACUAAUCGAGCAAUUAUCGAAGCAACAGUUAGUCCAUGUGGCAGGGAAUGAGGCGGCCGCAAAACCGUCCCCCGCCCCCUCCGUGGAAAUGCAGCAGGUUAUAGUCAGUAAAGCACAGGUGAUCGCACAGGCCGAGCCGGCUGCUGUUCAUACAACGACCCCGAAGAUAUUACAGAAAGAUGUCACGGCGUCACCGACGUCGUACAUUACGUUGGAAGCGAGUAAUCUGCAAUUGGCGACAGCGAUCCAGACGCAGCCCGUGAGUAUCGUGCAGAACGCGUCGCAGCAGCUGCUGAGCGUCGCCAAACAGGUCACGCUGCAACAGGCGCAGAAUGGCGCGCACACGAGCAGCCAGAAGGCAGCUGAGCCCAUCCAAAUUAAAGUGCAGACACCACCAAAGCAAGACAAUAAGCAACUUCAGACAACCCCAAUAGCGAUUUUACAGCCACAAAAUUUGUCAGCCGGUCAGCCACUUGUGAAUGUUUCAACUGUAGGAACACUGAGUAGCCCACAGAUCAUCCACAUUACCCCAGUGCCGGGACAGCAGCAAUAUUUCCUGCAAAACCCAGGUGAUCCUCCUAUUCAGCUUCUCCUUCAGAAAUCAGCUCCUGUGGUCAGCACCAUUUCGGUUCCCAUUGGUCAUAAAGUACCUGUUCCUGCACCUGCCAUCAUCAAAAGUCCUUCAGCCAAGUCUGCAGUUGCUCCUGCCACUAUUACAAAGGUCCUUACACCACCUACAAAAGUUCUAUCCACUACGGCCAAGGUUGUAACACCAAACAAAUAUGUAACCGUGGUUACAAAGACUUCAACUCCAGCCGUUGAAAAGGAAACACCUCGAGAUAAGAAUCGCCAGAAGAAGCCUCUAAAAAUCAAAACCCGCUCUGGUCGGGUGUCCAGACCACCUAAGCACAAGGUCAAAGACUACAAGUUUAUUAAGAAUGAGGACUUGGCAGAAAGCCAUCAGUCAGAUUCUGAUGACUACUCCGAGAUAAGUGUGGAGGAUGAGGAUGGAGAGGAAGGCAGGAAGAAGACUUCAGAUGUCACUCUCAACUUCCGUGACAAAGCCUUUAAAUGUGAAACAUGUGAGAAAGCCUACAUUGGUGUUGCUGGUUUGAAUAGACACUAUAAGCUAAAUCCCACACAUGACAAGAACAAGACUUACCCUCAAGCAGAAGAUUAUUCUAAAACUAAAGAGAAACGAUCUGAAGUGACUGAUACCGGUCAUGCAAAAUCACUCAGUACUCAAAAAGUACAAGAGACUGCAAAGGUAGAAGUCAGGAGACCUGGGAGGCCCAGGGGUCCAGGACGACCUUGUCUUCCUAGGAGGGUUGGACGGCCACCAAAGAGAGGAAGACCGGGACGGCCACCUAAGUACCCCAGAGGAAUGACCUUGGAGCAGCAAGCACAAAGACAGAGAAAUCAACUGAAAGAAUUUAUAAAAAAGUUUGAUGAUGAAGACCUUAUGGAGAUUGUUCUUCCACGUCUGGCCAGAGUCAUGACUGUAUGGGAAUUUGUGAUGAUGAAGGUGGAGAAGGGGUAUCCGUCAAAGCAACAGUUCCCAAGUGUGUAUCGUGAAUUUGAGCAACUACACAGCCAGGUGAAGAAGAUGGCUCUUGAAUAUUUGCAUACUUCACCAGCCUCCCGGCCAGCUAUAGAGGUCAACAACAUGGGAGUUUUACAAUCUCUUGGUAUAACAGACCCCAAUGCGCUGAAACUCCUAAAUUCCUCUGAAGGACAACAGAGUCCAAUGACAAAUCAGGCCACCAAGAGCCUACGAAAUAUUGAGAAUUCCAAAAUGUUGCCUCCUGCAAAAAGGUUCAAAAUGGAAAACUGCAAUGAAGAAACAAAUGGCUAUCAAGUUAAUCAGAACGGCAUCCUGAAUGAUGAGACGGCUGCAGUACUCCGAAAGCCUCAGGUGGUGUUGACCAGACUGGAGAACCUGAAUUGUGUAGAUCUAACUGCUGAUAACGUUAUACAGAGUACUGAAAGUGCUGCUCUACCAAGGACAGAGGAAGAGCCAAUGGAAACGGAAGUGGCUUCUUCUGAAUCUGAUGCUUCAAAAACCGCAGAAGACCCUGAUCCUGAUAUCUCCAAGGUCCUGAACAGCACCGCAGCUGUCGAUGUUGUAGAUCAGAUGGAACAAUUGGAACAAGCUCUGAGCACAGAUGUAGAAUUUAAGACCUCCCAAGAACCCACCCAGCAAGAGGAUCAAGAUAGCCAGAGUAGUGUUCUUGAAGAUCCCAUGGUCAGCGAUGUGAUCCAGUCUGUAGUUCAGGAAGAAUCACCAGUUAUGAUCCAGACAGCAGAGGGGCUUGUUAUGCAGAGUGCAGAAGAGUUAGCUGCCAAAGGCAUUGUGAUCGUCAAUGGGCCUGAUGGCACCAUGAUGCAUAUUGAGGCACCUGAAGGAGUCCCUUUAGAGACCGUUCAUGCUCUGCUUGGCAUUGAAACGGAAAGAAAGACUUGAUGGAUUAACAUUUUGUUUUUCCGUUCAUUAUUCACACCAAACAUACGUUCUCUCCAUGUAACGGUGUUGUUUUUCCAUGAAAUUUUUUUAUUGCAUUCUUUGUAAAUUUGUAUAAAAAAAACAGUAUUAUACAUUAGUGUUUUUUCUUCUGUUUAUACAAACAAGUCAAUGUUCUUUUUGAAUUUUAGACUAUGUCUGGCAAGUUUUUUUUUUCCCCAAAACUACAUAGCAGUGUUACUGGUGUUAAAUUCAUAACACAGUACAUUUCAAGGGAAAAGUGACUGUAUGUUGAGAAACACUAAAUUGCUGAGGGUAUCCACUGUUUUUUUUGUAGUGUUAAAUUGCACGUUCUUUCACAACAUGCACAGUCUGUUGCUUGGAAGGGAAAAAAAACCUUUGCCAAAAUUAAGUUAUGGACUUCAGCAAAGUUCAGUAAUGGAAACACUUCAGAAGAUUUUUGUGAUACUGUGUUCACUUAGUUGGUCAUUUAGUGGAGUCUGGAAAUAACAUUUCCUUCAUGUUAGAAACUCAAGCUGUAGUUACAAUACAGUUUAAAUUGGUACCCUAUGUUAUAUUUUUUUUUAUUCAAUUAAUAUUUAUCUGGACACACUGAAAAUGAUUAUUCGUCUAAUUCCUCAGAUGUGUGGCCCAAAACACUGUAUUUAGAGAUGUUUUAAACAUAACAAGAAAAAUAUUGCUGUUUUGAAAACCAGCCAGCCCAAACUCUGAAAAAUGGCUCUAGAUUUGUAAAGCAAAAAGAGACUUAAGGUGCUUAUAAUUUGCAGCCUCAGAGAUGUUCCAUUGUUUAUGUUAUUUAGUAGUUUGUCAAGUGCAAAGUAAUUUGAAAAGUUGCACUAUUUUAUUACUUUUUAUAUAAUCUCUGGUUUACGGUGUUUUUUCAAAGCAUCUCAGCAUUUUUAAUACAAAGGGACAUGUUCAAAUAUGACAUUAAAACUUUUGUGAGUGA